UAGUAGUAGCGCCUACCUCCCAGGGGUGUUGUGAAGAUCAAAUGACAUGUUUAUGAAGUGCUUUGCAAAUCUUAAGAGCACUGUAUCAAUGCCAGCUAUGGGCUGUUGUCCUGACUAACCCCUCUUCCGAGUGACCCCCUAAACAUCGACAAGCAUGGAGCACCUACUGUGUGUACUUAGACUAGAGAACCGGCUUUGGGGAGCCUUCUGCCCAGCCUCUGACUGGACACAUGCUAGGUGUGUGACCCUGGGCUCCAUCCGAGCUUGGCGCAGAUGUGUGUGGGGAGGAGGAUUCCCCCCCCAAGGAGUUCCUAGGCGCUAUCCCCUACCCUGGAAGAUACAAAGACAAAUCAGGCCCUGCCCUCGAGGAGCUUACACUCUCUGGGACCAUGCCUCAAGUCCCUUCUAAAUCUUCUUUUGGGAAACAUCCUCAGUCCUUUCAGAGGAUGCUCCCACGGUCCCUGAGCCCUCUCCACCAUGCGCUGCAGUCUUUUGGCUCCUUCCGGCUCCAUCCCGUUCAUAAUCAGAGCCUGGCCCAAGCCGGAAAGGAUCGUGUCUGGAGCCAGAUUGUGAAUGCUUCUGGAGGAAUCACGGAAGCCUUCCUGGAGGAGGUAGAGUUUUGGAGCACCAGCAGGAUGGGGUGGGUCCGGGGGCUGAGAGACUGGAGGAUUUGGGAAGGGGAGGAGGAGGAGGAGGAGGAGGAUAAAGAACGAUCAGCCCUCCUUCCCUAACCGUCACCCGAUUGGGUGAGCGAAGAGAAAGGGCGCUCGGCCCUCCCUUUUACCCCCGCCCAAGUUUCUCUAAUUAUAAUAUUCAUGUUCUCAGAGGCCAUUCUAUUGAUGCCCGCCCACAAUGGGGCGGGUCCAAGGGAGCCGCCCCACCCUUCCCGCAGAUAGGCGAAUCAGCGGGUGCCGUGAAGCGAGGGGCCUUGAGCAGCAAAUCACCGGAAGAAAAGGGAGGCCGGGGGAUGGGACUACGCGGUUGAAGGACAGCGCGGCGUGGCGAAUCCGGGAGGGUCGAAUGGCGCGGGGUGGGCAGAAUGAGACCUAGCAGGGAGGAGAAGGCGGGCAUAUGCAGACGUAGGAAAUCUCACCAAUGGCCGGCAGCCCCCGAGGGCAGUUGGGGGGGGGAUGUGGAGGGCGUGGCUAUGCCGCUAAUUAGGGCUUCGAACCCCUAGGCCCACGGAUGUUCCCCGACCGCGGGGUCUGGUGGACGGGAGGCGUGGUCCAUGCAGAUCUUCACCGUUCAGACCUCGGAGGCCCACCAAUGGCCCUGCUGUUGGGGGAGCCGAGGGGCGUGGCUCAGUGGCUAGUCACCAAUGGAAAGCCCUCUGGUAGCGCCUAGGGGGCGGGGCGAUGCAGAUCAGCCUCGGCUCCGCGGCCCAAUGGGAUGCGGCCUAUGCAGAUGAGACGGUGACAGCCGGGCCGGACCGGCGGGCGGGCGCGAGGCCGGCAGGGCGCUGGGGGCCCCCAGGGAAGCCGGGAGCGGGGGCCGAGGCCCGGCGGAGGGGACGACGCGGCCAUGAUCCGGGCCUUCUCGUUCCCCGUGAGCCCGGAGCGGGGCCGGCUGCGGGGCUGGCUGGAGGGCAGCCUGGCCGGCCUCUGCGAGCUGCACUGGUUGCGGGAGCGCCAGGAGUUCCGCGUGCGCCAGGCGCUCCGGCUCGGCCAGCCUCUGGCUACGGGCGCGGGGCCCGGCGGGGCGGCCGACGACGGCCGGGACCAGGAGGACGAGGCCCUGGGAGACGAUGAUGGCGAGGAGGACGACGACGAGGCGGCGGCGCGCCGGGCCGCGGCCGCGCUGGAGGAGCAGCUGGAGGCCCUGCCUGGGUUGAUGUGGGAACUGGGUCAACAUCUGGGAGAGCUGAGCCUGGAUGCUGAAGGCCUGGAGGAAGAUGUUGGGCUGAGCUCAGGUUUCUAUGAAGGCCCUUCCCCUACUGGUCCGGACUCCCCUCCUUCAACGUUCGGAGCUGACAGUGGUUUCUCUGGCUCUGGUUCCUACAGCCGCCUAGGCCCCUCUGAGCCCCGGGGAGUGUUUGCCAGCAAGAGGCCCAAGUCUCUGGGAGAAACGGGCCCCAGCUCCCAGGAGGCCUCCGCGGGAGGCCAGAUAGGGGUGCCUCGCUCCUUCUCCGCUCCCUACCCGACUGCUCCCCAGGAAGCUGGGCCCGGGAGCGUGACCUCCUUCCUGUCGCCCAGUCCGCUCCAUGCAGUGGCCCUGCAGAGCCCCUGCCUGCGCGGCCGCCUCUAUCCGGACUCAUCCAUUGCUGGGCCCCCGGACGGCGCUGCCCCGGGCCGCCACCUGGAGAGCUACAUCUCGGGCCUUCUGAGGCGCCGGCGGCGACUCCGUGGGCGGCCAGGGCCCGGCCAGCCCCGCACCAGUCCGGGCCCCGGGCCAGCUGAGCCGCCCGCAGCCCUCCGACGGCAGAACAGCGCUCGGCAACGGUCCGAGGAGUCGACGCACCCCAGCGUGGGCGGCUCUCCGGGGCCUGGGGGCUGGCCGUCCUGGGACUCCAGCCCGCCCCCAGCCGAGCCUGCGCCCGCAGUGAGCUCCUCACCCCCCAGCCCGGGAGAGGGCCGGCUGGUGAAGGCCCAGUACAUCCCCGCGGCACACGGAGGAGUCCGCGGGCCUCCAGUGGCCCGCGCUGCCCGCCGCAAGGGCCCGCCGCCUCCCCCGCUCACUCGUGGCCGCAGCGUGGAGCUGUCGCCUCCGAGAGAGCGGCCCCGGCCGGGCGGCACCAGGAAAGGCCGGUUCCCCGACGGGGCGGCCCGCCGGGGCUCCCCGCGGGGCAAGAAGGCAGCCCGCUCUCAGUCAGAAAACAGCCUUCUCAAUAGGCCAGGCGCUGGCCCUGGCGAACCCAAGUACCAUACCGUGGAGAGGGAGGAGCCGAGGCCGGCCCGGCCCCGUCGGACCCCGGCGGGCGCGGCCCCCGCCUCCUCGCGCCGCUGGCGCUCCACGGCCGAAAUCAGCGGCGAGGAGGCCGAGGGCGGGCGGCGGGUCAAGGCUGCUCCUCGCGGGGGCGGGGGCCGGGCCGUGGGAGGGGUUCCGGGGCCCUCGCCUGCCCCUCCGCGCCGCCUCCUCUACGGCUGCGCCGGCAGCGACUCGGAGUGUUCGGCGGGCCGCGGCGGGGCAGUCGGACGCCGGGGUCCCCCUCUGGGGGGCAGCAGCGGCGGCUACGGGCCCGCCUACGGCGAGAGCGAGUCGAGCGCCAGCGACGGCGAAUCCCUCGCCUUCAGCUCAGCCUCCAGCGACUCGGAGGGCAGCGGCGGCGGCCUGGUGUGGCCCCAGCAGCUGGCGGCCGCGUCGGCGGCGGCCGGGCCCGGCGGAGGCCCGGGGGGAGGCCAGGGAAAGGUCUUCGUCAAGAUCAAGGCCUCCCAUGCGCUCAAGAAGAAGAUCUUACGGUUCCGCUCAGGAUCGCUGAAGGUCAUGACCACAGUGUGAGCUCGUCUGGCUCAUCGCGGAGGCGAUUUACCCAGCCCUUCUCUGGCUGACUAGACUGGGAGCCAAGAACGCCAGGGUUCGCCCACUGAUUCUCGGUGUGGACUUGGGCGAACUCGGGGCCUCAGUUUCCUUGGCUGUAGAAUGGACUCAGUGAAGUAGGCAGCAUGGUGUAUAGAAAUUUGGAAUGAGAUCUGGAUUCAAAUCCCGCCUCUGCCACUCGCUAGUUGAGUGACCUUUGCAAGUCCCUUCCGCUCUCUGAAAAGUGAGGCGGUUGGACGUCCGAUUUCUAAGGUCCCUGCCAGCUCUGACAUUCUAUGAACCUAGGAGCCUCUAAGGAGCCCCUGCCCUUUACUGAAGGGGUCUCUACUUUCCUAUCCCUUUCUGGUCUAGGAAAUCCUCUAAGUUUGCCCCCCCCCCCAGUUCCUUCUUUCUUGGGUAUUCUUCUCCCGUUCCCAUCUUCAUUGGUCCGUUUACGGUCCAUUCAGCUGGGCCACGUUUCCAUUCACUCUCCAAACCCUACCCUAUCUGUCACCGAGAUGACAGAGAUGGCCAGUAGAUAAUGAGGGGAAACUCUCCUAAACUCUGACGGGGUAGAGUCCAGUAGUGCUAAGCCUCCCAGUGAUCUUUUCUGAUCGCUCUGUUUAUGAUCCAAUUUGGGGGCUGAAAAAUAGUUGAGGGCCUGAGCUCCCUGGUGCUUCCUAGCCCUUUCUUGGUGACCUUGGGUGAGAAGGAAAACGGGGUGGGGGUGGGAAGGAACAAGUAUAUUUCCAGGGAUAGAAGUUGAGGGAGGAGGCCAGAGGGGCACCAAUUCUUAAUUAGUUUUGUUUUUUAAAUUGCUGUAUUUAUUAUAAUGACGGCGACUCCCCAGGCGAGGGAGUGUGGGAAAAUGGAGGAUGGCUAUCCUGUCCCGUACCCACCCUUGUCCCACGGGAGCCAGACUCUGUUUGUUUCUAUAUUCUCUUUGUAAAUAAAUUCACGGUGUUAUCCCGGUGGUGGCUUCCUCUGGCCCCGGUGCUGAUAUGUUGGCCCUACAGAGAUGGCAGCCUUGGCUUACUCUCUUCCAAUCUAAUUCAAUAAGCAUUUUUUAAAAAAAAAAAUGCAUUUUCUAUAGCGCAGUGGAUAGAGAGCCAGUCUCGGAGCCAAAAGGACUUAGGUUCGAAUUUCAUUUCUGACUCACCUAAGCUGUGUGACCCUGGGCAAGUCACUUCACUUCUCAGUGCUUUAGGCAGCCCUUUAAAACUGUAGGCUGUGGCAUUGUGGUUGAAUUGGUGUAGGAAUCAUCCUGUGCCAUUUCAGACAAGCAUCUCCUAGGCCACCUCUAGUUCUAGAGAAUUCUUUCGAGGUCCUGGGGUGCUGAGAAGUUCAGGCUCGCCCAGGCUCACACAUGUAGGCUUGUUGGAGGUGGUCAUUGAACCUAGGUGGUCCUUCCUUUCUGGCUAACCCCUUAGCCUUUCUGCCUCAUGACCUGAGGAUACAAAGAGGAGAACAAUUCCUGCCCUUAAGGCAAUCCCAUUCUACUGGAGGAAACAGAUGGGUAUAAACAUGACAGUUUGAGGAAGAGGAAUCAAUCACACUAAUACCUAAAACACCAGGAAAGGCUUCCAGACUUCCUGUAAGAGAAGCACCAGUGGGCCAGUAGGGAGCCAUGGUUCUUGAGCAGGGGAGUCAUCCGGUCAGACUUGUACCCUGAAAGAAGCUAGGGAUUCCAGGAGGCAGAGGUGAGGAGAGAAUGCAUUCAAUUCGAGUCAACUAUCUUUUAUUAAGUGCCUACUAAGUGCCCAGCACUGGACUAGCAGCUGGGGACCCAGAGAUAGGAAACUAAUGUUGUACUGGGCAGAAAUACCCAGGCAGAGUACCCAGACAAGUAAAUACAAAGUAAGGAUAGGGACUGAGAUCGCAUUGCUUUAGGUAACUCCCAGGUGAGGACAUUCCCUCUAUUAUUGCAGGUCUACACCUUCUCUGCAAACUAUAGCUUUAGAGAGUUGCCUAGGGCUUGGAGAAUUGAAAUGACUUGUCCAGGGUGACACAGCCAAGGAAGUGUCAAAGGUAGGACUUGAACCCGGGUCUUCCUGGCUGGGAGACCAGCUGUCUAUUCACUCUGACUGGUGUCAUACAAAAUACAAAGUAAUUUGGGUGGGGAGAGUGAAUAAUUGGGGGAAUCAGGAAAGGCCUUUUGUGGGGGGUGCUUGAAAUAAGCCUCAUUUUCUCCGUCUCUAAAAAAGGGGACGAGAUGAGUCUCUCAGGAUGCUUCCCAACCCUGACAUUUGAUUAUUCUUCUACGUCUCUGGUGUCCCUAGCAUUCCUCUCAGCUCCAAGGCUUGUGGUCCUGCCAUCCACCUCACCCUACGGCCACUUAAUGAGGGCACUAUGUGCCCUACGUGGGCAGGGAAAGAGUCGUUAAAUUUAGAUGGGCACAGUAGCUGCCCUCACCAAUCGGUCAGUCCACGAACAUUUCUUGAUCUCCUGCGAUGUUCCAAGGCACUGUGAUAGGCGCUAGGCGACCAAGAAGCCGUUUCCCAGUGCCUACGAUGCUCUCCUUUCUCACUCCCAUCUCCCAGAAGCCCUAGCUAGUUUCCUUUAAGACUCAACUGAAGAGGUCUUUCCUAAUUUCCCCCUUUCCCUGCCCCGCCC